UCCUCCCUUUCCGAUCAGGACAGAGACUCAGAUAAAUAAUCUGAGGUUCGUGGUAAGAACCCAGAGAUACGAAGAAGUUCUGCAAGCGCGUACCUGUGGAAUUUCAUCCAUUUGCCGCGGAAGGACGCAAAAGCGCAGCUGGUAGUUCACCUGGAAGCCUGACUGGUAUCAUGAGUGCAAUACCAAGAAUAUUGCUGUUGUUGCUUGCGCUAGGUUGCGCUGCAGCUGACACGGGCCUGCUUCACAGGGAGAGGCGAGGAACACGUAACUACCGAGACCAAUGUGUAGACACAGACUCGCCUGCCGCCAGAGAAACAGGGGACACCUGGCUGCGCUGGAGAGGCCAGAGAGUCGAGUAUUGUCGCUGUUCCUUCAGAGGAACACGCUGCCACUACAUACCUGUCACUACAUGUCAUAUGUCGAGGUGUUACAAUGGAGGUACAUGCAAGGAGGCAGUGUACUCCAAAGACUUCAUCUGCCAGUGUCCACCAGGAUUUACUGGACAGCAGUGUGAGAUUAAUUUGAAUGAGAAGUGCGUGACUGGGCAGGGGUCUAAUUACCGUGGGACCUGGAGUAUCUCCAGCUCAGGCGCAGAGUGCAUAAACUGGAACUCAACAUCCUUGAGAGGGAAAAAAUUCACCACCAGGAAGGUGGAAGCUGGCACCCUGGGGCUGGGAAAUCACAACUACUGCAGGAAUCCAGACGGGGACUCCAAGCCAUGGUGCUAUGUUUAUAAAAAGUCAGAAAUUGCAUGGGAGUUCUGUUCUGUGCCAAGCUGUGCAACAGCUCCUGCUUCCGAGUGUGUGCAAAGAUCAGGUCAGACCUACAGAGGGACGCAGGCUGUCAGUAAGAGCGGUAUGAAGUGUUUGCCGUGGGACUCAGCUGCUGUCUCUCGCAAGAUGUACACAGCCUGGAGGCCCAAUGCCAGAGAGCUGGGUCUUGGAAGCCACAACUUCUGCAGGAACCCAGAUGGUGAUCUAGGUCCUUGGUGUCAUAUUUAUAAAGGUUCCCAACUGACAUGGGAACUCUGUAAUAUCACCAAAUGCUCGAGGAGACCCACAAUCACCACCCUUGGGCCAAGAGCCCCAAUGACCACCACCAGCCGAGGUUCGUGUGGUCAGCGUUCUGAAAGUCUCAGUGCUCUGCCCACGUUCAGGAUCUGGGGUGGUCAGUUUAGUGACAUCAAAGAUCAGCCCUGGCAAGCUGCAGUCACUGUGUACUUUCCGCGCUCCAAGUCCCACAGCUUCCUGUGUGGAGGCGUCCUGAUAGACUCCUGCUGGGUUCUCUCUGCGGCCCACUGCUUCAAUGAGCAGUUUACUGCUGAGCGUCUGAGAGUGGUCCUUGGCCGAACCUUCAGGCUCCAGAACUCCAGCAGUGAGCAGAUCUUUGAUGUGGAGAAAUACUGGACCCAUGAACAGUACAGUCAUGAAGAUUUUGACAAUGACAUCGCCCUGUUAAGGCUGAAGAGUGAGAAUGGCAUAUGCGCUGUGAAUUCUCCAGAGGUGCUGCCUGCCUGCUUACCGGAACCUGGUCUGGUUCUUCCAGACUGGAUGGAGUGUGAGAUCUCAGGCUACGGCAAGCGGGAAGAGUUCUCUCCAUUCUAUUCGGAGCGGGUCAAGCGUGGCUAUGUGCGCCUGUGGCCUCAGGAGCGCUGUGUACCAGAGAAGCUGUCUGGACGCACCAUUACAGCGAAUAUGCUAUGUGCUGGAGACACGCGUGGCCUGGACGAUGCCUGCAAGGGGGACUCAGGUGGCCCUCUGGUGUGUGAAAAAGGUGGCAGGAUGACCCUGGUGGGUGUGAUCAGUUGGGGCGAUGGCUGUGGGAAGGAAGAUACGCCAGGCGUGUACACCCGCGUCACCAAAUACAUCACCUGGGUUUCCAGAAAAAUGAGGCUGAGCUAAGGAGCGACUCUGCGAGCCCAUGGGCUAAGGGGGGUGGAGCCGGAAUUCACUCCAUGCCACAGACAAUAACACAGCUGCACAGAUGGGUAUCAGACAACAAACACAGGGUGCUAAUUGAUUCCACGGAGGUGUAACGUGGGUGCUAGAAGAUCCCUGGAGGAGAAGAUCCCUGGAGGAGAGCGCAGAGCCAUGGUGCUACGCAAAAUGCCUCAGUGCCUCCCAGUUUGAAACUCCCCA